AUGGCGAUCAGCUCCCGGGCAAACUUCUUCCUGGGCAGCUGCGGUUGGCCGCAGGUCGGAGCUACUGGUGCAGCGCCUGGAUCCAUGACGACGUGUGCUCGCAAGCUGGCGCACGCAUGCUCCCACCUGAGACGACCUCCUGUACAACCUGACCUACAUGGGACAUUCACGAAAUUCGGGGUACUGUACCUUAUUGGGCUUAGGGUUUAUGGGUUUAGGGGGGGUCCUUACUAUAAAGGGAUCCUGCUACUUGGGGAGUCCCAAGAAGCGGUGCAUCCGCCAUCUCGCGAUCGCGGCCGCGGAGGACAAGGAGAGCAGGCCGUCGUCGACCUACGGGAGGGAGAGAUGUUUGUUCACAGCUUCAAGCAAAGGCACGCUACGUCAUUACAGGACAGGUGA